ACAACAGAGUACCCCGAGUCUUUGCUUUCUGUUUAUUUUUUAUCAAGUAUUGCUUUUUGGCCUUUAUAUUCUUUAUAUUCGCUUCGUUGGGACGUGCUCCUUCAAACGACGUGCUCCAAGAAACGUAUUGCUAAGCUAGAAAAAAUUUCUUUUUUAUAAAUCCUUGAAGCUCUUAGGGUCACUCCUAAUUUAUAAAAAAAGUUCUAUAUUUGUUUAAAGUUCUGUUGUGUUAAUCCUUGAUGAAAUGGCACAGUCUAUGUCAAUGAAGCAAAUUGGAGCGCGGCACAUGAGUUGUGCCGUGGACAUAAUGGAAUGGAGCAAUAAGAUGGAUUUAAUUGCUUACGGGACUGAAAAAGGAGAAGUAAUUAUCCAGAGACUGAACUGGCAAAAGAUAGUAACGUUUCCUUCACCUGGUGAUGACAUAAAAGUUAAGGGACUAAGUUGGCAACAUGAUGAAACAAUAGUCGCAGUAGGGUACAGCAAUGGCCAAGUUUCAUUAUUAGAUGUUGAACGGGAAGAAUGUGUUUCGAACCUGCGCUACGACGAUGAAAUAAAAAAUAUUUACUUUAGCAAACCUAUUAAUGCAUCAGACUACCGUCAACCUUAUCGAAACAGUACAGAAGUAACGCACGAUUUCUUCCUACCGGCCUUACCACAUCUAAACAGCCUGGGAGUGUCAUCAAAAGUUCAAGAACACAAAUCUUUUUCUAAAGGAACACCCAGUUUCUUGGUUGUACUUUUGAAAAAUGGUCAAGUUCAUCUGUUGCUUUUAGGCGCAUUAAAGGCGGGUUGUAUUGAUUUAUCGAAGCAUGUCCUUUUUCCUGAAGAACUAGAAGUCUAUGAUGUUCGACUCAGUGGAAAUUUCGAUGCGAUUUACGCUUUGGUGCGUCAUGGACAGGAGUUAAAUGUGUUACACUUCCAGAAUCCUGUUUUUAAGGAAUAUAUGUCACCAAUGAUGAAACUAGCCCAGUACUGUGCUAACAUAUUGGAAACGAAGAACUACCUAAAUAAUAGCCUGCAAUGCAUGCUUGAAGCAUGGGAGACUGUUCUCUUGGAAAUGGAUAAUAAACUUACAAAUUAUGCCAACAAACAAAUGGAGGGAUUUCUGUCUGCCGAUUUUAUGGAACUACUAGUGUUUGGUUAUGCUACCAAUGAAAUAGAAGAAUUCCUAACACAAGACCUGACGGAGAAGGGGGUAAAAAAACUUCAAAAUUCUGUGGAACUUAGUUACUCUACUAUACAAAGUCUGGUCUCUAAACCAUUACAAAUGGCCUCGAUAAAUAUGUUUUAUUUUUUGAAUACAAUUAAAGGUUUAGCGAGGAUAUCUCAUUUUUUUGAACCUCUGUUGGUUCAAACAUCUACUGAAUCUGCCGUUCGUCAGUGUGGUGCAUUCAUAAUGAAAAUUUUGGAAACACAACAAGUAAUUGAUCAAUCUGUUAGUGACAUGAAACUUUUCUUCUCCUGGCUCUGUGUGGUUAUCGUGCGUCUGCAUCAACAGGACGUUGCAGAAGAUAUGGCCCAGUUAUCAAUGGAGGAUACAAUAUAUUUAGCCGAGUACUUAAAUAGUUUUGAAGAUAGUGUUGUCGAAAACAGUGAUGGUACCGUAACAAAGCGCAAAUUUAACCUGGAAAAAGUGGGUCAAUAUUUAGAGGAUAAACCUUUGCAACAGGUUUUAAAGACAGAUAUCCAUCACAUGUGGCAAAAACUACUCGAUGAACAUGAAUGUCUGAGUGAUUCCAUUUUAGUCUAUCCGCACGAAAAGAAUUUAUCAUUAAUCCAACAGAGAGACAAACUGUUCGCUUCUAUUGAUAAAGUCUUCGAAAAGCCAAACGAGAGCAUAAGUUUAGGAUUUAAACUGGACGGAACUUUUGUAUGUCGACAAUUGAGUGGCACUCCGGAAGAUAACUACGAAUUUGUAAAAAUGUCAUAUAUUGCAUGUGAAACCAAAAAACUUGACCUCGUAGCAAUUACCGUUGGCAGGCAAGAGUGUUUAAUUUUGGGAUUCGAUAACAAUUUUACACAAAUGCAAAUGUUCCGUUUACAAAGUCUACCCGGACCUUUUACAAAAGGAUUGUCGAAUGGUUUGGACAGUUUAUCAUUUGCUGAUUUACAGUUUUACAACGAUGAUGUUAUCUCCCUGUUGCUUGUUAGCCGAAGUGAAGAAAAGUCACAAAGUUAUUUUGUACAAUUCCCAUUGGACCAAGUCAAAUCAAACAGUUCAUUACAUACGUUGCCUCAAGAACAUUUGAACAUUAGUGACUUUUCGGCAGUACAUAGUAUUUUUGAUACAAUUGACAGUAGUUGUUUCAAGGGAAUGGAUAGCCUUUGCACGCAUCUCUCAGUUUCCGGCUGUCGAAAGGUGGCUUCACUUCUAUCGGAUAAUCGAAAGAAAAUGAUAAUAUUCGAAAUGGAGAUUGAAGAUGAUGAUGAUGAAAUUGAAAUGUCACAAAACUCGAUGCUGGAUAUUAGUAAAGAAUCAGCUGUUUCGUAAUAAUUUGUCCAAUAUUUAUUUUCCUUUUGAUAAAAAUAAAAACAUUACGUUGAGCAUGUAAUCCAAUGCAGCACCAAA